AUGAUAGAUAAUAAUAAAAAUGAUCCUGUACUAAUGUGGAAAACUUUAAAGGAAGUCAUAAGAGGAGAGGCUACGGGUUCAAAAGAAAUUAAUAAUGUAGAUUUUGGAAUAUUAGAAAAUGUAGAAGAAUUCGUAAAGGAACAAAUAGAUGAAUACUUACAUAGUAAUGAUAUUAUAUCUGAACAUCAAUCGGGAUUUAGAAAACACCAUUCGUGUGAAACGGCGAUACAAAGCGUCAUUGACGAUUGGAAGCUAAUAAUUAAUGAAGGGAAAAUGGUAGGAGUAAUAUUCCUGGAUUUAAAACGAGCAUUCGAAACGGUGAAUAGGACAAGAUUGCUAGAAAAAUUAGAUCAAUAUGGAAUGAAAGGAAGGGUACUAGAAUGGUUUAGAACAUAUCUAAGCAACAGAACACAACAAGUUAAAUUUAACAUCAAUGGUCAGAAUGUCUUAAAACGGAAUAUGGUGUCCCACAAGGAUCGGUACUAG